UUUUUUACUUACCCUUUUUUAGCGGACUCUUUUGCAUAUUUUUUGCGGACUCGGUGAUUUUAUUGUGGACUUUUUCUUUCCGACUAUUUUUGCGGAUUAUUUUCUGCAGAUUUAUUUUUGCUGACUUUAAAAAUUUCUUAAAAAUAUUUACAUUAUUUUUCUUAGAGAGAGCACGAUAUUCUUUUCAUGUCACUAAUUUAUUGGCAACAAAAUUUGCAUCAAUACCAAAAAUCUUUAGAUUCAACAUCAUCCCUUGACGGUUAUAUGUAUAUUCGAGAAAUUUAUCAAAAAAGUUGGAAUAGGAAAACUAUUACAGAAUGGAAACAAUCUUAUUUAGUUUUGAGAGGUGCAAUGUUCUAUCAAUUUGCGGAUUCUUCUUUUCAAUAUGCACAGCAUUCGUUAAAUUUAAGAGACAUAAUGGAAGAGGUCUGCCGUAUAGAUUUAACAAAUGAUGAAAAAUAUGUCUUUCAAAUAACAUUUUCAACAGAUACCUCUACUGCUGGUAAUGGUUUGUGUGCCUUACAAAUUAGUUGUCCAAACGAGGAAAUUUUGCAGCGUUGGAUUAGUGCAAUUUCUAUGGCUUUGUAUGUUUCGGCAGAUAACCCUCCCCCAGUUGCUUGUAUGGCUAUUUUAACAUCUACCCAUUUAGUUUUUGCACAGGAGGGAGUUAAUUGUGCUGUUGAUGGAUUUAUGAGAUGCCUUUGUUCUAUAAGUCGUGAAGAAUUUAAUGAUAUGAAAAUGUUAGUUUUUUAA